UAAAUUCUUAAAAUAACAAAAAUACAACAUUACAUUCGUAGUUAUUGUAAUAUUAGUUCAGUUUUGCUAAAGUGCUACUAAAAAUUUAAUAAAUAGUGUCGAAGGUAAAAUUUAAAAGAAAUUCUUGACUUGUAGCGACAAUAUAUAAUUAUUUUUUGUUGCUUUAAACUUUUUAAUGAAUUACAAUAAUUCAGUACUUAUAGGCAAUUGGAGUGAAGAGAGGCUUAAAAAUGAGUACGAAUUUAAGAUAUUUCUUAGAAAACGAGAUAGACGAGAGCUGUUGCUUCAACGUUCAAGAACUUUAUUCAGCAAUUUACUGAAAGAGCGGCCCCUUGCUAUAAGUGGCACUUUUGUUCUUUUUGGAUUUAAUGUUCAAGUGGUUGCAUCGGAUAUGCCUGUCCAGAAAGGUUCAGUUGGCAAACCUCAGUAUGGAUUGGCUUUAUCUUCUUUGGUCAACGAGCGUCAGGUGGAUUUCAUGCAAAAUAUUAACGACGGUUGUCUCAUGACUUUAUCACCGAUUACUACGCCCUGUUGCCGGAACACUUUUGUUAUACUCAGCACAGAAGAUACAAGUCUGCACGGUGUCAAAAUGAAUUAUGGUGACGAAUUUUUACUUAGAGCAGAAAAUUAUGGAGAUCCACAGGCUGCUCCUUUGUACGUGCGAUAUACGCCAGAAGGUGUGCCGGGUCCCGCAGACAGAAUGCCGAUCCAGCUUAGUGCUAUAUUAGAUAGCAAUUGUCGAUGGACCACUAUGCCGCUCCUUCCUUGCGAUCGUCUCGAAGGACUUGGCAGUCCGAUUAAGACAAAUGCGAAACUCGUCAUAAAAAAUUGCGUUGCCGAUAAAAGUUUAUGCGUCAUGAAUCAAAAUUGGAUGCAAACAUUUUUUGGUCCAGAAUGUGGGGUAACAUGUAGGGAUUUCAUCGACAUUCAUGGGCGGUAUACGGCUGAAAAUAUAUUUUCCUUAGUCAGUGAUGUGGAGACUAAGAAGAAGGAUUAAUUUAUAAAAAUAAUAUUGAAAAUAUCUGAUAAAUUAUAUAUAUUAAUAGAUUGUUUUUACUGUAAAGACCUAUCAAAGAAUUAAUAACAUGUUAAAAACU